GGCGUGCCAGGGCUCCUCUGUCCACUGUGCGCUAUAUCACACUGCGGUGCAGCAUCCGGAGGACCGCGCAGGACGAGCACAACUCCUCUCUACACAGCCCCAUACGCAUACUGGAUGACUGUAAAUGCGCAAUGAUCGAGUCACGGUUUGCCCUUCUGUCAGCUGUCCGAAAUGAAACUCCUGGUUUAACACGGAUGCUGCUGCAUCUGUUUAAUUAUUCAUAACUGUUAUGCUUGUUUUGGAUAGGAAUUGUCACAGUAUAUUUUCAAGGAACGAUAUGAAUGUGUCGUGUAGCGGCUUUCUUAAGGAGAAGAGCAUCCUCUCCGUCACCGGUGAGCGGGAUCGGGCGUAUAACGGAGCAUCUUUAUUCUCAGCUGGACUAUAGAGCGGGGCUAUAGAGCGGGGCCGCUCCUGUUGCUGAAGCCUGUGUGUGUACAUAUGAUGCUCUUGAGCUCUAAGGAAUGAAUUGGACAUUUUUAUAAGGAAACACGCUGCCAGGGAGACGUUUGAUCAACUCGACGCGUCAAAAAAAGCUCUUGGUAUGGCUGCAAAGUCCUUAGAGCCGGGGUCUGUUUCCAUUCCCAUGGAGGAGACCAAGCGUGCAGGUGGCGCCCUUCCAGAUGCUGCCAUGCUGACCCACCUGAAGAAGGUGGAGAACCAUAUCACAGAGGCACAGAGGUUUUCUCACCUGCCUCGGCGUUCAACAGUGGACUUGGAGUUUACAGAGAUCUCCUACACCAUCCGUGAGGGCCCCUGUUGGAGGAGGCGAGGAUUUAAGGCCCUUCUGAAGUGUCUGUCUGGAAAGUUCUGCAGUCGGGAACUCAUCGGAAUCAUGGGACCCUCAGGGGCCGGCAAGUCCACUCUCAUGAACAUUCUUGCCGGUUACAGAGAGACAGGCAUGAAAGGUCAGAUCCUGGUAAACGGGCGACCCCGUGACCUCCGCACCUUCAGAAAAAUGUCAUGUUACAUAAUGCAAGAUGACAUGCUACUGCCACACCUGACAACACGAGAGGCAAUGAUGGUUUCAGCUAACCUUAAACUUAAUGAAAGCAUGGAAGUGAAAAAAGAACUGGUGAAUGAGAUCCUCACAGCAUUAGGACUGCAGGAGUGCGCUCACACUCGCACCAUUUCUCUGUCGGGUGGCCAGUGUAAGCGCUUGGCUAUUGCUCUGGAGCUGGUCAACAACCCACCUGUCAUGUUUUUUGAUGAACCCACCAGUGGUCUAGACAGCGCCUCCUGUUUCCAGGUGGUGUCCUUGAUGAAAUCUCUGGCUCAGGGAGGCAGAACCAUCAUCUGUACCAUCCACCAGCCCAGUGCUAAACUGUUUGAAAUGUUUGACAAACUUUAUAUCCUGAGUCAAGGUCAGUGUAUAUAUAAGGGAACAGUCCCGUACCUUAUCCCCUACCUGAAAAACCUUGGACUCCACUGCCCCACGUACCACAAUCCUGCAGACUUUAUAAUCGAGGUCGCCUCAGGAGAGUACGGUGAUCUGAACCCUGUGCUCUUCGAGGCGGUUCAGGGAGGCCUGUGCUCAGAUGAGGGAAAGAAGAACUCCAGUGACAAGAACGAUGCCACCACAUCCUGUCCCUCCCAGUGUUACAAUGAAUCAGGCUACAUUGAGAAACACACUUUUGCCACCAGUACCCUCACACAGUUCUGCAUCCUCUUCAAGAGAACCUUCAUCACUAUAUGCAGGGACAUGGUAUUAACACACCUGAGAGUGAUGUCACACCUGUGUAUUGGUGUGCUGAUUGGUCUGCUGUACCUAAACAUUGGGAAUGAUGCCAGCAAAGUGUUCAACAACACUGGCUUCCUGUUCUUCUCCAUGCUGUUUCUCAUGUUUGCUGCACUCAUGCCCACCGUCCUGACAUUUCCACUGGAGAUGCCUGUGUUUAUAAGGGAGCAUCUUAAUUACUGGUACAGUCUAAAGGCAUAUUACCUGGCCAAGACCAUGGCUGACAUUCCAUUCCAGAUAAUUUGCCCAAUAAUGUACUGUAGUAUAGUGUACUGGAUGACAGAGCAGCCUCCAGAGGCAGGCAGAUACCUGCUCUUUAUGGCCCUGUCCACCUCCACUGCCCUAGUGGCUCAGUCCCUGGGGCUUCUGAUUGGAGCUGCAUCCACCUCUCUACAGGUUGCCACCUUCGUAGGUCCAGUCUCUGCCAUCCCAGUCCUUCUGUUCUCGGGCUUCUUUGUUAACUUUGACACCAUCCCCAAAUACCUUCAGUGGAGCUCCUAUCUGUCAUACGUCAGGUAUGGCUUUGAGGGCGUGAUCCUCUCCAUCUAUGGUAUGAACCGCUCAGAGCUGGAGUGUCCCGGCGUGGUGUGCAAGUUCCAGAAACCAGUGGAGGUGCUGCAGCUGCUGGAUGUGGAGGAUGCUAAGCUCUACGUGGACUUCAUGGUUCUGGGGGUCUUCUUCUUGGUUCUGAGACUCGCCACUUACCUAGUUCUACGUUAUAAAGUCAAGUCAGAGCGUUAGGGCCAAAACUCAUCAUCAGACAUACAUUUAAUUUCACAUACACAUAAACUCUCAUAAAUGCACAUAAUCUUUUUGCAAUGGACACAGAAACCAAUGCACAUUGAUUACGGGGCCAUUGUUUGGCAGUGCAACAUUUAUCCUCAGUUUUUGUUACUUGAAAAUAUUUUUGAUUCUCUAAGUAUAGAAUAGUAAAUAAUAUAUAAAUUGUUCAUUUAUUUAGUUUUCAAUUUUGAACGUAUUCCAUGCAGUAACGGUGUAAAUGCAUUUAGCCCUAGACUGAACUUUGAAGCAUGAGUCUAUUGACAGGACUGUUUUUACAAUAUUUACAAUGACAAUACCAUAACAGCCCCUAAUAGCAUGUGGAUUGGCCAACAGCCAACAUGCGAGUCUGUUUAUGCCAUACUGAAGGAUCAUCACACUAUCGUCUCACUGUUAAUGUAUUUCAUUCAGACUGAAGAACGUUGAGGAUGUCAUCAAAAUGUGUUUCGGAGGAGAGUGCACUGCAUGCUUGGGGCACUUUAGGACAUGCAAGCAGCAGAAGCGAGAACUUUGUGUGAGGCGUUCGGGAUAUUACAGAUUAUAAGAAUGAAUCGUCCAGCCAGCGUAUCUUCAAUUCCAUUUUUUGUCUUCCCACAAUGCACAGUGUUUAAGGAGAAUAAUAUCUUCUGCGACCUGCUGAAUAUUAAGACUUUCAUGAUCUCCCAAGGCAAUUCUGGGCAAUGCAUCAACGUCAACCUAAAUCUAACCGUUUGAGGAAUGUUGCAGCAAGUGCCCUUGAUGUGAACUGCCUAUCUUUUUUUUUUUUUCAGAAGGGCAACUGGAAUACCUUGCUUGAGAAGCAUUUUGGCAUUUUGUCAGUAUACAUCUGUCCUGUUACCUUGAAUUCUCUGACAACUGCCUUUGUGGUAUCCUGAGAGAGAAACAGACAAUAGUUUGUGGGCUUUUGCUCUCUCGUUUUCAUCAGGAGGGAUCAAACCUUUUAACUUGUACAGUACAAAAAACAGUGACCAAAAAUAUGAAGAACUCAAUGUGAAUCGGCUAAUCACAAAGCACCACUGAAUUGACUGCAUUUAGCCAAAAACGACACAUAUCAAAUGUCAGAAACUCAUUUGCAAUCCUAAUCCUAUUGAACAUCUCAUGCAAACAACCAUUACUGUCUAAAUAGGAGUCGCUGGCCUGUUUCUUUCUACUUCUUUUGUGAUUUCCCUGGACACUUAAUCUGGGAUGUCAGGACAUUUGUGGUUAGUUGCAAGUGACACAAUCAUACACCUGGAGAGAGAGGCUGGAUGAACACUUUAUGCCAUCUUCAGUGGUGUGGUGUGCUUUUCGGGAUGGAUAAAUCUGUUGUUUGCACCUGUAUGUACACUUCCUCCUCCCUGCUUCUCCCCUCUAGCAGCCAGGCUAUUCAAUACCGCAAUGCAAUGCAAACAUCUUCACAACUGACUCAGUGUUACUCUGGAAAUCUUUUUGAGUCCUGCUGUGUGUUAUGUCCUAAUAUAAUGAAGGCUACUAAUAAUCUGAGUAUAUACACAAAGAAAAGUAUAUGUGUUAUGCUUUAAGCAAGAUUGUAAAUACAUGUAUGCAUUUUUGUUUUAUUGGAACUUUUCUGGACAUUCGUUUGUAAUUAAUUUUAUUUUUAUAUCCGUAAAUAUGACAUGCAAUUCUGGAAAAGGGAGUGUUGUGACUGGAAAAUGCAUGACGAAUUUGAAAUCAAAACACAAGAUGCUGUGACUGAGGAAUUUAUGUUGCACAUGUGUUGUAAUCCACAAAAUACUCCCAAAAUGAUUGAAUAAUCUGCAGUGGGUUAAUUUUAGAACAUCUUUAUUUUGUUUUAGAAUGUUACCGUUGGGCAAGUUGACAGUGAGCAUUGUGAGUAGUAAAAAUGUGAUAUACAGGCUUUGAUACAUACAGGAAGUCGGCAUUCAAAAAAAGUCAGUAGCAUUUAGUUUUAACACGUAGUACUGUAAGGUACGAUUGCUCUUUUUCUAGAACAAUCUGUCCGCCAAAACAUUGCGCACAGCUUUAAAGAUGAUCUUUUGGCCAUUCUGCAAUUGAAGAAUUGCUGCUCCAAAAUGAUUUUUGCUUUUUUUUGCCACAUGGUAUACCCAGGGAAAAAACUAAGUCAGCUCUUGGUUGUGGAUGUUUUCGGAGCACAAGCUCCAUUUUCAGAAGAGCUGCUUUAGAGCAAGAGAUCAAUGAAGCUAUUAGCUGCUCAACAGUCAACAAUCAAGUAUUCAAUAUUGCUUGAUGCUAACCAACCAGCAGCUGCUUACACAAAGAGUGUUCUAUAUUCUAUUUCCCUUUGAGUCAUCGGAGAGUUUUAGAAUAAGGAAAUGUUCACCAUCAAGAAUCUGUCUUCUAAUGGUACACAGACAUCUAGUGUAGAGAGUUGGGUAAUAGCAAUAGUAUUGUUCUGUGCCUAGUGAGUGAUAUUUCCUAUCUAAUCCUUGAAUAUUCGAUAUAUUUCCGGUGGUCGUCUGUCAAAUCUCUAUUGUAUACAAAUCAUUUUGAGUGUCUGUGUCAUUAGUAUGUUUCGAUAUGGGUUUCUGUAUGUGGAGUCUUAGCUGGAAGAUUUUGAGAGACACCCGGAUGAGAUCAUAUUUCACACACUCAUUUAAUUAUGUUAAUUUCUCUUUAAGCAAAAUCACGUUCUUUGUUGCGCAGCAUGCAUGCCUUAAAUAAAAAGCCUUUGAUGGUUCUCUCUCAGAUUGGAAAAUAAAAAAGAUAAGCAGGUAAAGUGCAAAUCAAUUUGCGAGAUAUUGAAAAAAACUUUUGUUAAUUCAGUUUUAUGUAUGAAAACAUUCUACAAGGUUUUGGCUUGCACAACAAGAUGUGCAGAGAACAAGAGCAUAUAAUGCAGUUUGCUUCCCAGUUUUGCUGCAUAAUUAUUAUAUUUGCCUCAUUAAAAAUGCAAGUUAUGUGUGCUGAACCAUGUCCAAAUGAUUAUAAUAAAUGCAUUUAUA